GCUCAAUGACCUGGUAGAUGACCAAGAUUGGUUUGAUGAGGACUUUGGGCUGCGCUGUAGCAAAGUGCAGCAGCCAGUGCAGGAGGCCCAGUGUACGAAGGAUGUGCCUCUAAAAAUCCAAAGGGAACCUCAUUUUGUUGUACAUCAUGAUGCUUUAGAGGUUGAGAAGAUGGUUCAUGCAGCGGCUGAAGAAGUUGCAGGAUCUUGGCCACGAUCCAGGAGAUCUACAAAUACCCCCAGACUAUCUUGAGAAUAAUAAGUGGAAAGAUGUAAAGAGUGUGAGCAAAAGAGUUUCUUGUGAGGUUAUGAAGUUGUUUGGAUUCUACCAGGAGCAAUAUCAGAAGACAGGCUGACAGAAGAUGAAGGCAUUUGACAGGAGAAAACGUGAUUGGAUGGACCAUAUUUUGUCCUAUGGUGAAUUCGUGAAGAAGACCGAAGCUGAACUCAGUAAAGAUCUUGAUGUUGCCAGCUCAACCGCCACCAAACCGCCGAUUAAAACUCUGUACUCCACUGCUACUGAGAAGCUGAAGAUUAAACCGCUGUCUCAGCAGAAACUCUGCUUCUCUUGCCACUGAGUACUCCCUUAAGUUCGAUGAGUCAAUGACUGAAGAUGAGAUUGAAGAGAAAUCCUUCCAUCUCCUUCUGCCAUCAGAGAGCCAUCGCUGCUUUAAUAUGGGGAAGAAACACAGCCAGCUGGAUAAUUCCGAUGAGGACAUACUGCAGGAUCAAUUGGCUUCAAUAGCUGUAAAAGCUGGAAUCAGGCAUCUUCAAGAAGCCAACAAGGCUGCUCACAGGGAGAGGCAGCUGAUUCUGAAACAGCAGGAGGAGGUUCAACAUAUGCUCCAAACCACCACCAAAAUUCAGGAGAGACUCAAAUCCGCUGGGGAGAGCAAGUUGGUUCCAACUCGACAGGAGCAGCGGAAUGCAGAACAACUAGAAGUGGAGAAUGUUUCCAAAGUGAGCCCCACUUCCAGUCUCCUGCAAACAGAUAUGGAGAUGUGGAGUCCCUCCCCUGUUUCGAUUUCAGGCAGUGAGACCAGCAGCAUCAUGCAAAAACUGAAGAAGAUGUGCAGUCAUAUGGAUGAAAAGUAA